AUGGCGUCGCCUCACUUGUUUGGUGGGCACGUCCCUGCUGGACUUCCUACUCGUCUCACGUUGACAGUUCCAGCUCCUCCUGGCGCUUUAGGGCUUCAAUUUGUCCAUGGAGUUGAUGCUCAGCAUCACCGUUAUGUGAUGGUCUCUCAUGUGGAGCCCUUUUCCCCAGUGUAUGGCAAAAUUGUUGUUGGAGACAAGAUUGUGGCAGUCAACGGUGUCAACGCGAUAGACCAAGAGGUGGCCUUUGUACAGGGUAUUCUGGCUGGAUGCCAGAGCACGACGCGACAAAUCUCUAUUUACCGUGACCAACAGCCUGUUGGCGUGCCACCCGUCUCGACUCAACUACAAAGUGCUAUGAUUCCAGCAAGUCGUUCUGGGUUUCAACAACGCGUUGCGUUUCGGCCAGUGUUGACCCAAACCGACCAAAGCCGCAGUGUUUCAUCGGUCCCAAGAUCCAACAGAGUUGUCGAUCGGUCUGCCGUGGCUGCCACUUCCAGUACACGAGUUGUCUUGAACCGCAACCGCAACAAGGAGAACGCGGCUCCCGCUACGGUGAAUCAAAAAUCAAAAAAACCUGGUCUCAAGAAGCCACCGCCUCCGUCGACGGCAUCAAUUUCAGUAGAGGCUCCUACCGUUUCCCGCAAAGCUUUCAUUGUGGGCCUUCCUGAAGGCGAAAUUGGGCUGACAUUCGCGGCAGGGACGGUGGAGACUAGCCAUUUCAUCCAAGUGACACAUGUCGAUCCCAAAUCUUCUCUCUCGGGAACAGUCAUCAAGGGCGACUGGAUCAGCCAUAUCAAUGGCAAGAGUACUCAAAGCAUCAAGGAGCAAGAGGCCAUGCGUCUUUUCGAGAAGCAGACAGCGAAGCGGAGGAUGGUCGUGCUUCGUGAACCUUCGUCCAAUGCACCAAAACCUCCGAGAGCGGCGACGGCAAAGUCCAAACCAUCGUCGAAACAAGCGCCAAAGCCAAAGGUAACUAUAACUGCAACUGCCGCGAAGCAACGGUUGGGCGUGGAUAGUGGAGCAGAGCCUACGAAGCGACAAUUGGCAACAGAAGCUUUUCCGGAGCAGAAACGAUUGAAGAAAGCCAAAACCAAGCCAGGGUUCAACGACGAUGGAACUCGCGAGUUACCGGAGGCAGAGGAUUGGCCCGAGCGUGGAUGCGUCUGUGAGCAUGGAAUCUUCUACUGUACCAAGACCAGAGAAAGCUUGGGGCAGGUCGCGGAGAAGCUUGGUGCUUCCUGGAGAGACAUGGCCGAAAACGUGUCCCACAAAACGUGGUACGGCAACCUAAAGUCGGCGUCAGUUUUCAAAGCGGACACACUUCUUUGCGUUCCAGACAAGCACAGCAAAUGGAAAAUCAAGCAGUUACGCAAGGAAGAGUUUCCAGAUAUGAUGCCCGAAACAUGCCUAGAUUGUGGACUUGCCAGCAAACCCGAGGAGUUGUUGCUCUGUGAUGGAUGUGACGGGAUGUAUCACUUGAAAUGUGUUUGUCUCGACGACAUUCCCAGUGGGGAUUGGUUCUGCUCUACGUGUGUGGAGAUUUUGAAAGCGAGAAAGGAGCAUGGCGACUUGACACUAAAAGAAUUCACUUUGUCAAAUGCGCCCUCAUUGGAUGCAGUAUUGUCGCCAGAAGAACAGGACAGGAUCCAUGGCCUAAGAGCUACGCUCGAUGACUAUCUCCAUUCGAGGCGUCGACAAGACUUGCAGCAUAUUGCCGACACCAGUGAUAUGGUCAAGUGGACCCUGCAGCAGCUAAUUCCGGAGAUCAAGGAAGAGAUUGCUCGUCUCGAAGCGGAAAUCAAACAAGCAAAAAGCGCCGCAUUGGCGAAAUAUGGCCUUCAGGGUUCAAGCUGGGCCCUGUCAUCUGGCCGCGAUUCGGACUUCAUUCAGUUUCGCGAGAAUGGUCGUGUCAUUCGUCUACAACGUGGCGACAAUAGAUUGAAUGGAUCAGCAUCUACCUACACGCCUGAGUGGAACGCAGCGCGGCAACGCGUAAUCCAAUAUUGGAACUUCGUCAAGUCGCGACCGUACAAACAGAAGAACGAAUCCCUCAACAAGAACCUGAAAGAUGCCAAAGAAAACCUGGAAAACACGAAGACUGAACAUGAGCAAGUGGACGGCUUAAAGGAAAAACAGCAAAAGGAAGCCCGACUGAUGUAUUCCGCCCUCCUCAAUGAGCCUCGACUCUCGGAUGAAACAGACUCGGAAUUCAGGUCGCGAGAAUGGCCCCCUCGCCUCUUGGGUCAGGUUCAGAUACAUAACGACGAAGACGUCAUUCUGUUGUCCUUGUUACGAGAGCCCGAUGAGCUGAUUCUCCUCGUCCCCUUGACCGCGACGAAGACGUCUGAUCUUCAAGACUUUGAACCACAAGUUGGGAAAACGUUUGCGGUGUUUGCUUGUGAGAGUCUGUUUCUCAAGGAAAGGGAUGACGAUCUCCCCAUGGACAAGAACAACGUACGAGAUGCGCAACGGCGGUUGUUUCAACUGCUUGUCUCGGGGGGAGAGCGAGAAAACCAACACAUUGUGGUGUCCUCUCCGAGUAUCCCGCCCACUGUCCGCCCUCGUGACACAGAUGCGUCUCAUUCGAAAUGCUUUGAUCUCACAGAGCUUGUGCGAGACUGCAAUUUGAGCUUGGAUCUGCCACUGGAGCCCACGCCAGAAAGCAUGGUAAACAAUGGUCUAAAGCUGCACCCGUACCAAGAGCAGUCUCUUCGUUGGCUUCUGGACAAAGAGCAAGAGAUCUCUAGCCUUGGGUUGGCAGGAGAAUUCUGGCACCGCUUACGGUUUCUUGAUCCGAUCGCGCCACCACAGAGCGAUCACAUGUACUUCUAUUGCGAACUAACUGGUUCGUUUGCCUUGGAUAUCUUCGAUUUCAAAACCGAUGUGGAUCAAAGUGAUGCCUCGGCAAAUCGCUUUGGGUGUCCAACAGGUGGAUGCCUUGGAAGCGAGAUGGGUCUGGGGAAGACAGUUAUCGCGAUUGCUUUGAUUCUGAAGAAUAGACCCCCGCCUCAUCGCACCGUGCUUCCGCGAGAGCAUUUGUGGAGCCUUAAGAAAAAUCGAGUCAUCGAUCAUGAUGACUAUGUGCCCCUUCCUCGGUUUGGAGCCACUGAAGCGGCGGCCAAAACCAACAAAGUGUCGAAUGGCACACUUGUGAUUGUGCCACAAACUCUUUUGGCUCAAUGGCAGACGGAAAUCGAACGAUUUGCCCCGCACUUGUCAAUCAUGGUCCUUCACUCGUGUGAAAACCCGACUUUGGCAGGCGUCGCGUCGGCAGACGUUGUCAUUGCCUCCACAUACAUCUUCCAACAGCACCGCAAUGCAAGAAAGACAGCCGGAUUCCUUCUCAGCUGCAUCAAGAAGGUGCAUUGGCACAGAAUUGUGGCAGACGAAGCCCACAACAACCAGGAGGAUCACUCCAUCACUCGAUUCGUAGGGAUCUUAUCAGCAACUCAUCGUCUAUCGCUAACGGGAACCCCGAUUGGGUCCAAGGUAACUGACUUGCAAGGACAGUUGCGUCUGCUCCGGCUGGCCCCUUUCUGCCGUCCUAAAUUCUUCAAGCAAGCAAUCAGUGAUCCAUACCAUGAAGAACGAAGCCUUGGAAGUCUUGCUGUCUUGCGGAGCUUAUUGUCGCAUAUUGUUUGCCGACACAGCAAACAACAGACCCAUGAAAACGGCAAAGCUCUCGUGGCCCUCCCACCCAGGACAAUUUCUACCGUUCUGCUCCAAUUUGGGUCCGAGGACGAGCAGCAACUAUAUGACAUUCUGGAGACGAACAACAGGACCUUACUUCGUAAACUCAAGCACGAGUCCAAGGCGACUUUGCAACACAACUUUGCUGAGCUAAACGCACUACUCCUUGCUGCACGUCAGGCCUGUUGUCACGUCUCCCUUGUGAAUCUUCCCAAGAUCGACCAUCACUUGAGACGAUUGCAAGACCAGACUGGGAAGGGAGGCUUCGCUGUGGCGAGGACAAAAUCGAACGCCAACGCCGAGGAAAGCCAAACUCGAGCGGGACUGUUGAAACUCGCGGCUGCCGGGGCGCGGCCAACUGCAAGACAGAGGAUGAUUGAUGUGGUCAGCCAAUUCCAAACCUCAGGGGCGCUCAUCGAAUGUUGCAUUUGUUUGGAUGCAACGGCUGAAACGAACAUCGCAAUUCCCCCGUGUGCACAUCCCAUCUGCGAUGAGUGUAUUUUGAGCAUCAUGUCCGCAGCUUCCGCAACACGUGAAGCCAGCGGCCAUUGUCCCACCUGUCGUGACACAAUUCGACGGUCCGAAAUCACAUUCCUUGGUGAUGCAGAGGACGCGGGAACCUUCACCACAAAGCCGCAACUUCAGACAGAGAUGGACACCUCAAAGGACGAGGUCCUCGAGACCAACUUGCCCAGUUUUGCUCUGACAGCCUCUGUGACCCACGCAUCCGUAACAGGCGCUUCCACCAAUAGAGUUGAUUGUGCAGUAUUGACAGAAGCAGAGACUGUACGCAAGACGCAGGAACGGCAAGCCGAAUUGUCUUGUUUGGAAGAGCUGCUGGUCUCAAGCUGCGUUCGAGCCGAGCCGAAAGUCGGGUCAAAGAUUGCCUGCCUUCUUCGUGAAGUUGAUGCAAUGAUGAAGAAAAGUGCUGAAUCCAAGUGUGUUGUAUUCAGUCAAUUUAUUCCUGUUCUGGAUGUUGCUGAAAUGGAGCUGGAGGCGCGGAAGAUUGGAGUUUUGAGAAUCGAUGCAACUCGAUCUACGGCAGAGAGAGCCGACGCCCUCCUCGAGUUCUCUAACAAUGCCAACAUCAAAGUGCUGCUUCUGUCCAUGCGAGCUGGGGCCACAGGACUGACACUGACCUCGGCGGAUCAUUGCUUCAUCUUGGACGUAACCCAGAGCCCAUCCCUGGAGGAACAGGCCAUUGAUCGCAUUCAUAGAAUUGGCCAAACUCGUCCUGUCACUGUCAAGAGAUUUGUCAUGAAGGGAACAGUUGAGGAACGCCUCCUCUCGGUCCGUCGAGCUCUUCUUGCCGACAAACCCCUUGCUUCUACCGGCGUUUGCGCGACCAUUUCCUUGGAUGAGGACGAGGAAAUCCAGGGCAAGAAGAAAGCGAAAGAGGGAGAUGCGGCGAAAACAGCCACCACCAAGCGCAUUGAGACAUUGGAAAAGAUUAUUGGAACGCUAGAACUUCAGCGGGCCUGA